GAAGGUUUUUCCUCAGGUUUUAAUUUGAUUCAGCCAUCGCUGAUUCAGCAGUUGAAAAAAAUCUUAGACCAGUACCCAGAUGAUGGACAGAUUCUGAAGGUGAGGCAAAGGUUAUUAAGAGGUUUUAAUCUCAACUCAUCAGCCACCAGCUUGACAUGAAAGGUUACUUAACAUAACAAUCAUGCCUUCUCCCAAAGAGGUUGAAUUGUGAAACAUUUGGUAGCAAACCUCUUUCACGUCAUGAUGACAGAUCGAGUAGAUGUUAUUUUUUUUUAUAGCGGGGGCGCGGUUGGUCUCUUGUGAAAGAAAAAAUGUAUCAGAUGUUCGUUUUUUCCCCUCUUCUCCAAAAAAUCAAAACCGCGUGAUGGUAGGUUCGAAAGUAAGUAGUCUUUUGUUGUAACGUAAAUUAAUUCCGCUACAUCUGUAAAUGUAUUUAAAAACAUCUAAUGAACACUUGGUUGGGUUUAUUCGUAUCAGGAGCUCAUUCAAAAUGCGGAAGAUGCUGGUGCAAGUCAAGUCAAAUUUCUGCAUGACCGACACAGCUAUGGAAAAGAGAAACUACACAGUAACCAACUUGCUAAGUUUCAGGUCAGCCUACUGCCUACUUACCAAUGUACUUUAAAAUCAGUUAAUAAAUAAGAGAAUUUAUCAAUUAGUAUUAAUGUGUAACGGUUUCAUAAGAGCCCUGGCCCUAUUUGACAACGUUAUUUAAAGCCAAAGACGUCAUAUAAGGGAAUUCUAAUAAGGCAAAAGAAAAAUUCAAAAAUGCUUUUUGAGUGCAGUUUAUGUACUUAUUUCACGUCUAAAUAAGAGAAAUGUUUAACGCACGACUACCCGGAAGCGCCUUUAAAGAGUAACCUUUGUUAUGGGAAGAAAUAGCAGCUCGAUGCAUGAAGUUUUCGAGUAAAUGCGAUUUAUUUAGUCGAAGUCUUCACUCUAGCUUGCGAAUGCGUGUUUGCAAGCAAAUUAUCAUUCCGUUUGCCUUUUAUUUUCGACUGCUUGAAAACAUGGUGCAGCAAAACGAACGACUCUAUUGUUCUCUCAGUUACAGAACUGUUGCUAUUUUUAAAUCAGCUAUCUAACUGUAAAUCCAAUAUUCUUAACAGGGGCCAGCACUUUAUGCUUACAACAACGCCGAGUUUAAGCCCAGUGAUUGGGAAGGCAUCAGAAUGCUGUGUGAGAGCAAAAAGGUCAAGGAUCCAAUGAAAGUGGGUCGUUUUGGACUGGGCUUCAAGUCGGUUUUCCAUAUUACAGGUACGUACGUGUUCACUGAUCGAAAAAUGGGUAGUUAUUACUUUCUUUUAAUAGAAAAACUAGCCACCACGAAACAUGCAUUAAUUUCAAUUUAUACACCAACACAUUCUAAAAUGGCAAAGUCAGAAGCUACAAUUUGACAAUAAUACAAGAAUAUUUUCAACCUAAAAUCGGCAGAAAAAUAAGAAUAUUUAGCCUGGCCCUUAAAAACAACAUUUUUUUUUCUUUUCUUUUGUUUUCUUUUUUUUAAAGGGUACUUUUUUUCAAUACACGACAAUAGAAUAGAACAAAAUAGAAUAUUAGAAUAAUUCUUCAUUUAAACACGGUAAAAUUCAUCAAGAGUAUAAAAAAACUUUUUAAUAAACUUAACUACCCUAAACAAUAUGCAAAACUGUCUACAACUAACCUAACUAAGACCUGUUUUUCAUGAAUGUGUCGUGUACGCAGUACUUGAAAACUCAACAAUUCAGAUGAGCCAAUCGUUUAAAUUGACCUCUCUCAUAUCACAGGGCAGGCUGUUACGGAGAACUGCUCCGCUAUAACUGAAGCUGUUCUUCAUGAAGUUAGUUCGUGGGAACGGGACAAUAGGCAAGUUUCGUAUUCCCAGACGGCCCUGGGACGAGCCCUUGUUUUGCGCGAAACCGAGGCUAAUGCUGUUAACUUCUCACCGAGAAGACAAGCAAACAUAUGAAAACUGCGGCUGAGUUGGCGAGAAAAGGAAAAUUGGAAACGUUAAAAGGUUUUGUGGGUCUCAAAACUCACUUACAGGAUUGAGAAAUCAUUGUUUCAAACAGCAAAAGGAAAAGCAGCGAGCCAUCACUAAGAAACAUAACGAGCAUAACCAGAAAUUGAUCAAAAUAGUGGUCGGUUAGUGAGUUUAAAUAAGAAUGCGAAGAUGGUUUCAAAAUCCUUAAACAAGGUUAUACCCUGAAGACAUUUUAAUGUUUUUUUUUUAAGUGAUGGUUAAAACUUUUUUAAGCCGCACCUUCCAUUGAAGUGUACGUACUUGUCGAAAGCCUGCAAGUUAAACUGAAACCUUCCUUUUAAUUGACAUUUUUUUUGACGGGGCGAAUGCAAAAUCUUGUGUAUUUGAAAUAAAUAAACCGACGGAGCAGACUUUUUUUCAUAAAUUCCUUGCACUGUAAGAAAAUUAAAUCGGUUUAAACGAAAAUGAUUAAAACCCGUAUUAGUUUAUUUAUACAUAAGCUUACAUUUAGCUUGCAUUAUUUAUCAAAAUAUUCAGUCACAUCAAGAAAAACGUACGCACCUUUCACUCGACAAGAACUUGAACACAGAGUUUUAUACAAAAGAUAUACUGAGCAGUUUAAACUCCAUUUUACAGAUGUACACAAGAGUUAGAUAGAUUACUAAGAAGUAAGAAAAUUAAAGGGAAUAAAAUAUUGUCAUUUUAACAAACUUUACCCUUGUCAAGUUUACUUCUUCUUUUGGCUUCGUCGCUUUUUUCUUUCUUCUGUUAAGUACGAUCAGCUUUUCCCACAAUUUUGUUGUUUGCAACAGAUAUCCCUUUGGCUUACUGGUAAAGUUUAAGCUUUGAGAUCUGACUUUUUUGAGAUUUCUAUCAUUUUCCAGCGACUCCGCGGCAAAUUGGCCAUGUUUGUUUUUGUUUUUGUAAAGAUGUUGACCCGCAUUAGCCUCGCAGUCGUGCUUGUCCCAGGGCCGUCGGCGAGUUCGGAACUUGCCUAUUAUUUUGUUAACAGAGUUCCCUAGGGAGAAACGCGUUUCAUAUCGUUAACAAAUUUAGAGGAUAAAUAUCCUGGAACAAGAUCAUUUAAAGACUUGUAAACCAUAAGGGCUUUUUGUAUUUGAAACUGAGUGCUCAAGUCUUUCCAUUUAAGUUGUCUAAAUAAGCGUUUGGAAUCAGCAUCAUAUCUAGUAAAGGUUAGAACACGAGCAGCACGGUUCUGAAGCUUCUGUAGCCUGUCAAACAAAGUUUUUCCACAAUUACCCCAGACAAUAUUACAAUAAUCGAACAGACAUUGAACGAGAGCGUUGUAUAUACAAUGGAGAGUAGGCGUUGGAACAAAAUCUCUAAUCCUUUUAAUUGCUCCUAUCCCGGAAGUGAUUUUAUUAGUUAAUUUAUCGAUGUGCGUUUGCAACCGUAGAUUUUCAUCAACAAAUAUUCCAAGAGGUUUUUCUGUCGGAACAUUAUCAGUCGAGAGUUCGGGUUGGCUCGACAAAGUACUCAAUUUUUGUUUUGACCCAAUUAGCAUAAAUUCAGUUUUAGCAGUGUUCAAAGUAAGUUUGUUGGAAAUAAGCCAUUUGUUUAGAUUGCCUAAAUCGUGAUUCAGAUUUAAUGGUGUUGAAUUCACAUCAACAGCUGCAUAAGUGAUGUGUGUGUCAUCAGCAUACAUUCUAGGCUGGCAUGAAGUUAGGCAGUUUGGCAAAUCGUUGAUGUAAAUAAGAAAUAAAAGGGGACCAAGAAUUGUUCCCCGAGGUAACCCGCAUUUAAGUGAACAGAUUCUAGGAAUAGAAGGGAACCAUUGACGAGACAUCGUUGUGUACGAUUUGUCAACUACGAUCUAGACCAAUCGAGAGCAAUUCCUUGCAUUCCGUAAAGGUUCAUUUUAGAUAAUAAGAUAUCAUGAUCAACAGUGUCAAAUGCCUUUUUUAAAUCGAGAAAAACCACAGCAUUAACAUUACCAGCUUAAAGGAGAGCAGUUACAGUUGAGAGGAAAGAGCGAAAUUCCGAUUGAUGUGUAGAAAUGAUAUCUUCAUUGCUCAAAAAAUUAUACAAUGUGGUCAUAAACAAUCCUUUCGAAAACUUUAGCUACAACGGAAAUGACUGAAAUAGGUCGAUAAUUAUUUAGAUCAGAUGCCUCCCUUUGCUUAAACGACGGAGUAACCCUAGCACAUUUCCAAUCGUUUGGAAAUAUACCAGAGAGCAAAGAUUUAUUAAAGAGAUCACAUAGAGAAAUUGAAAUCAGAUCGGUAGAGAUAUUAUCAAGACCUGUUGCUUUGGAUCUACAUAACUUGUUUAGAUGUGAGAAAGCAAUACUACUGCUUGAAGAAGGAAAACUGAACUUGUUUUGAUUUACAUUUAUAUUAUUGAAAUAACUUAAAUCAUGAUUAUUAUUAUCAUUUAGUGGAAUUUCAUUGGCAAGGCGGGGCUCAAUUGUUGAAAAAUGGUCUUGAAAAGCAUUAGAAAGCUCACUAGAAUUAGAAAUAAUGGAACCGUUCAACCGUACAAGUGUAGCACAUGCAAUGCAAAUGACAAUAGCGUUUAAUACUGAUUAAAGUAGGUUCACUUUUUUAAUGUUGUGCAAACUCAAGUAACUAUACUUCAUCUCUAGUUGAUACUCAUAUCACAUUCUUACUUAACCACAGAUCUACCAAGCAUCAUGAGCACCUCGCAGAUCGGCGUAAUUGAUCCACACGAGAAAUGCUUUGGAGAAAGACGAACUGGAAACAGCUGGGACAUAAGGAAUGACCGUGACAUCAUGAACGCCAUACCAGACCAGUUUGCUCCUUACAGGGGAGUAUUUGACUUCCCAGAGGACAUUUUCACCAGAGGCUCAUACACGGGUACUCUUUUCCGCUUUCCACUACGAACUGAGCCGUCCAAGUUAUCAGAGACUUUGUAUUCUGCCGAAAAGGUUAACGAUUUGUUCAAUGGCUUCAUGGCUGAUUCCCACUUGGUUCUACUGUUCAUGCAACAUCUUGAAAGUAUUGAACUGUACGCUCGUGACGAGUUAGAAAGCAAACCCAGAAGAAUGUUUCAAGUCAGAAUAUCCGAAGAAAGCCUUAAGUUGGUUCGAGAAAAGAGAAAGGAGUUUCAAGAAACAGUCCCUAGCGGUCAGCUGUUAUCCCACUCAGUACACGUCACUUAUCCAAUUACGAUUGAGACAGUACAAUAUCGCCAAGGGGUAGAAGCAGGCAAAUGCAGUCAUUCCUUCCUUGUAACCAACUACCUUUGUGGCGGAGAGUUAUCGUCUGAAUUUCAAGCGCUAGUUGUGGAUCCAAGUCUCAGCUACUUACCCUUAGUUGGCAUUGCCAUGGCGUUGCCCUCAAGCCCCCAGGAUUCCGUUCCACAAAUUCAAGGUCACGUGUCUUGUGUCUUGCCGUUACCGGUGCAAAAGACCAGUCUGACAGGUUUGCCGGUUCAUGUGAAUGGCUUUUUCGCCCUGACUCAGAAUAGAGGUCAUAUCAAGUUUCCAACGGCAGAACAGGAAGGUCACCCUUUAACUGAUAAAUCCUUAAAAUGGAAUAAGUGUCUUUUAGAGGAGGCCAUACCCCAAGCCUAUGCCACGAUGAUUUUAGGAGCCAUCAACGACAAGAGCUUCAAAGUGCAAGCAGCGACCGUUUACCAGUAAGUGACAAUUGUAAGAAACUGCAAAGCUGGGAAGUAUAUUCUGCGAACAUAAUUCCCCCUGAUUGCUUUCCUUUUGCAGACCAAGUAGCCUCUUCUGUUUGUAACGUAUAAAUGGAAACACCCAUUUUAAAAGACAAACAUGAUGAGACGUCAGCACAUCAUCCAUGAAACUGUAUUCUACAUGAAAAAAAAGCAAUUUCUCCCCGACCUCUAAGGACUUGUAAGCUAAGAUUUUAAUAUUAUCACUACAAUUGUCAAAAAAAGUCCAGAUAUCUUAAACAAUUAUCGAAGAGCUUUGGCCAUAUAUUCCCUGCGAUCCUAGUGAUCAUAUGGACACCAGCCUUAAGGAGAGCAAUUGAAGCGACAUUCAUUAUGCUGCCUCAAAAGAAAUGGAAUUGGCCUUUAUCAUUGCUCUUAUUACCUCAACGGCUUUGAUUUAUCAUUCAUUUGAACUAUGACGCCUCAUUUGCUUUGUUACAGAGCGUGGCCAGAGAUCACACGAGUCAACCAGAAAUGGAAGAGCGUUGUUGAAUCAUUGUUUGACAUCCUGUCUGACGAGGAAAUUGUCUACAGCAAAGUCAAUCAGGGGCAAUGGCUUCUUGUUGAAGGUGCAAUUUUCAACCAGGUACCUGAAAGUCAUCUUAAAGAGCUACUGGAAAGUGUCUUGAUUGUAGCAAAUGUCCCAGUUGUUUCUGUACCCAGCCACGUGAUGGAUGCCAUCAGGUCUUUUGCUGAUGCCAAGAAUAUCACCGCUGGUGUCACGAGAAAAGAAUUGAAGAAAUCUGCAGCUUGUUAUAAAAACCUUACGAGGCAUGAAAAGCUGCAGCUUCUUCAGUUCUGUUUACAAGAUCACCAAUAUGAAGACCUUUGCGGCCUGCAGCUUUUACCUCUCUCCAAUGGCACAUUUACCACCUUUUCAGCCCUUGCCCACGAAAUCUACAUCAGCUCCCUUGAGCAUUCUCAAGAUCUUCUACCUGGCCUAGAGCACCGCUUCUUGGAUCAAAAGUUGGAUUCGGACAUCCUUCAAAAGCUGAAUUACGCAGCCAGACAAGGUAACACUGCUUGGAGACUCUUCUUUGUUGGCGACACCUAAGUAUAACCUUUCCAUUUAAUGAGGGAAAAUUUUUCACGAUUUAUCAUUAGUGCUAAAUUUCAUGCCCUCGUCAUCAGUCCCGCCUGACAAAAUUCUUGGCACUUAUUUUCUGGUUUUGAAUAGGAUUUAAGAAUACUUAGGCCCGUUUCAAACUUCUUGCUACUGCCGUUCCGAACUCGAUUGAUCGAAGUAAUUCGACUUUAGCAUGGCAGUAGUGCGACGUUUGAAACCAAGUCGUGCUACUGCCGUGUAGCACGGCAACCUUUGCCGUGCUACACGGUAAUAGCUCGACUUGGUUUCAAACGUCGUGCUACCGCUGUGCAGAACUCAGUUGAUUAAUCAUAAAUACAUUAGAAUACAUUAAAUAGUUUGCCAAACCGUUUCUUUAUUUUUGUGUUUUGUUUUCGGCAACAGCCGUUCUAUUCGACUGAAUUAAAUUCGACGGCUGAAACAAAGUCGUGCUAGUGUCUUGCUGCGAUCGAGCUACAGUCGAGCCAGCUUAGCACGGCAGCUGCACGACGUUUGAAACAGGCCUUAGUUAUCCCUUUGCUAAUAUCCUUCCUUCAAAUAAUUCAGAAGCUAUGUUUUGUUAAAAACUGUCUUACUUCAAAAGGAGUACCUGAAAACAGUAGACAAUUUUAACAGCGACAGGAGCCCCCUCUUUACGCUGAUGAUUUACUUUCAUAGAGAGCACCCAGCUACGACUUCUAUCCGAGAACGAAGUGGUAGUUCUUCUUAAAGAAUCCCUCCCUUCCGACUGGAGUCAAGGAAAAACUGUUCUGUGGUACCCAGAAGACAAAAAGCACAACCAUCCCUCAAGAGACUGGAUCGAGCUCAUUUGGAGAUACGUUCGCGACCAUUUCCCUACAAGAGAGAGGCUGCACCGACUUCAGAACUUUUCCUUAAUUCCAGUCAGCAUUGAACAGACGGUUGUUACUUUGAAGCCACUUGCUCAGCCUUCCACAGUCGUAAUUAAAAGCCUUGGUGAGGAUAUCAUUGAUGAUACUCUGAUACAUGUCUUGACAAAGAUGGGCGGGGUUGUUUUGACUGAUUGUCCGGACUUUAUACUUGAUCACCCCUCUGUCGUGGAUACCUUUGUGCAUCGUCCUAAUGUUCAAGGCAUUUUCAAAACAAUAGUGAAGUUAGCGUCCAUGUUCACCAUUAAAAAGUUGUCCGAAGUCGUGAGAGGGCUUUCUCCCGGAGAGAAGCGAAGUUUGAGAUCAUUCCUUGCUAAUGUCAAACCAGUGCAACUAGGAAAAAAAGAGAGCAAUCUCAUGUGCUCUCUUCCGAUUUUUGAGACGUUCUCCAAAAGGUUUGUGUCCAAAAAUGAAGGUCUGUCAGCAGCGCUUAUCGAAUCUCUUCCCAUUCAACCACGCCGAGAACUCAUUGACAUUUCUGGAGAAGAAUCUAGGAGUUUAGCUAUUCUUCUUAAAGUCCGGAUUCUUAAACCCACAGAAGUGCUUUGCGAAAUAGUAUUUCCUGACAUCCAAAGCGGCAAGUAUGAGGGAGGGCAGAUUGAUAAGUUAAUGCCCUAUGUGCUCACGAAUUUUGCACAUGUCAUUCGUUCUGAUGCUCACUUUAAGCGGAAUAUACAAGCGUUGCCAUUUUUGCCAAAGGCAAAUCAGGGCAAGCGAGUGAAAGGGUCGGAUGUCUUUGAUCCCAGAAAUGAGAAUCUUAGGAAAUUAUUUGCCAAGGAAGAUGUUUUUCCCGUGGGCCAGUUGUACAAGGACUCCAUCGUCCUAAAUGUUUUGGAAGAAGUUGGAAUGAAAACCGAAUCCGACGUCACUGCCAAAGACCUUCUGCGAAGCGCUAAUAACGUUAUGGUGCUUUCAGACCCUUCGAAAGCAAGAGAGAAGUCUCAUGCAAUUUGGCAACAUCUUGAACGUCAUCCGCAAAAGCUUAAGAGCACAAUUCAUGGGCAAGAGCUGGGAUCGCUACUGAUGAAAAUCCAGUGGGUGCCAAACUUGAGCCAGAAAACAUCAAACUUCCCACCUUCACUCCCAUGGUUUGAGACAGGCGAAGAAGGAGGGAGACACUUUUUCAAGCCGCCUGAACUGAAGAGCCAGCUGGUUAUCAAUCUUAUCGGGUCUGUAAAACCUGUCGUCGCCUUUGAGCCGUCGAGUGAAAUUGCUGGUCAUUUUGGCUGGCUUAAGAAACCAGAAGUCUUGGACGUCGCUAAGCAUUUGCAGAAUGUAGUUAGGCGUUACACGGGUGAUGAGAAGGCAUACUACAUGGUUUUGGUAAAUGACAUCUAUGAGUUUUUGAGCUGUGCAGACUAUGCUAAGGUCACAGAGGUGCUAAGCAACUGGCAUCUCGGCUGGGUAUGGAAUGGAGAUGGCUUUUCCUCGCCACGCCACGUGCUUUUUAGUAAGCCAGCAAUUGACUUAACACCCUUCAUUCGCCUUCUCCCCUCGGAGAUGAUGAAACACUCCCGGUUGUUCACCCUUUUUGGCAUGAGGACGAACAGCGAUCCAUCUCUUUUAGUGAAAGUACUUGGCUUGAUUAAAGAAAAGUAUGACGGUCAAAAUUCUCCUGUUAUUAACGCCUCGGAAGUACGACACGAUCUCCAGUUAUCAGUUGAUAUUUUGAACGAACUGGCAAGUGAUGAACUAUCACCAGAGCUCCAAACAGAGAUCCUUCUACCUGUCCGUGUCGAUGGCAACUUGUACGUCCGGCUUGAACCAGUCAAGCACUGCAUGUAUACUGACCAAAAAGAAUGGAUGCAGAGUGAAAGCGAAGACGGAGAGCAAAAAUACUAUUACGUGCAUCAUAAUGUACCUAACAACACUGCCGUACGUCUGGGUGUUCCAUCGUUAACACAUCGAAUGUUAGACCCAGAUGAGCUUUCCAUCGGAGAAGAGUUUGGGCAGGAGGAGAAGCUUACUACUCGAUUAAACCGACUUUUAGAAGACUACAAAGAUGGCCUUGCAGUGCUAAAAGAGCUGGUACAAAACGCAGAUGAUGCUGGUGCCACUGAGGUUAAAUUCCUGUACGAUGAAAGAACCAACGAGGAUGCCAUGACCUGUCUCAUUGACGAUGGAAUGAAAAAAUGUCAAGGUGCUGCCCUCUGGGUGUACAACGAUGCAACUUUCAAAAGUGAGGACUUUGUUAACAUCACAAAACUUAAUGAAGCAACCAAAGUGCAUGACACCGCGAAGAUUGGUAGGUUCGGACUUGGCUUCAAUGCAGUGUACAACCUCACAGAUGUGCCGAUGUUUGUAAGUAAGAACUAUUUUGUCAUACUUGAUCCUAACACAUCUCACUUAGGAACUUCCAUCAAUAACAAAAGAAAGCCAGGCAUAAAGAUUGAUCUCAACAAAGAUGUCGUAAACUUGAAGACCUUUAGAAAUCAGUUCAAACCAUUCAAUGGCGUAUUUGGCUGUGAUUUGAGCCUUGACAAAGAAGACAACUCGUACAAUGGUACGCUGUUCAGAUUUCCAUUGAGGACAAGAGAACAAGCAGCAGUCAGUGAGAUCAGAGACAAGUGUUACGACGACCACGAAAUGAGGAAACUGUUAGAAAUGUUUCUCGAGAAAGCAAACACGGUUCUUCUUUUCACGCAAAACGUAUUCCGUGUUGGAAUGUACUUUUUACCAAAAUCUUCAGGGCAGAAUCUACAACCGUUGCUAAUGUUUCAGGUCAACAAAUCACUUGCCCAAGGAGGAAUACUGAGAGAAUUGUCAUUCCCUAUCGCACUACCAGACACUUCGCACAAACUGAGUGCAGAACAGAAGAAUUUGUUGAUACAGUCUAAUUUUCUUCAAGCAUCAUCCAAGGUUAAAAGACUUUCCAGGAGUAGAAGAGUCAAACCAAGUGAAUUCCCUGAAUCAUCCAUUGUCGUUGAUGUAGAACGCGUUUUAACUAAGUUUGGAGGUAGCUUUUUUCAAAAAAAGAAGCCCCCUGGAAAAAAACGAGAGAGCUGGUUGAUCGUAUCCUCGAUGGGGUGUGGAGAGUCAAUGGAGUUUUCUGAAAGCGAUCCUAGUCUUCUUCCGUCCGGAGGCGUAGCUGCUCAGUUAUUUAGUCUGGACUGCAACACCUUUUUGCCCACACCAGCAAAGAAUGGCACGGUUUUUUGCUAUCUUCCACUACCGAUUCACAGUGGUCUGCCAGUUUGCAUAAAUGGUGCAUUUGCAGUAGAUUCUAACAGGCGUCGUUUGCAGGGCAAACUUGAAGACGACAAGACAUGCUAUGGCGAGGAAUGGAAUAAUGUCCUAAUGACUGAUUCCAUAUCUACUGCUUAUCUGUGCCUCCUUGAGGACCUUAAGAAAAUUGUCCCUGAAGACGGAUCUUAUGUUUUCCAUUCACUUUGGCCGAGGGCUUUUAACGUAAGCGAACAAUGCCGUUCUAUUACAGUGUCAUUUUACAAGCAAAUUGCUUAUGGAUCUCAUGCUCUGUUUUCCAAUGGGAAAAAAUGGGUUGACAUUACUCAAGUGGUUUUUCUCCAUCCAGACCUUCGCGUGGAUCCUGAAAUUGGAGAAGUUUCAUUAGCUGUGUUUCGUAACUUCACGAAAGGAAAUGAUGUGGUGAUUGACUUACCACCCGAAGUGUUCCAGUCGUUUGAGUGCUGUGGUUUGCUAAAUGUGAUCAAAGGUAAAACAUACGACAGGUUUCGAUUUUUCCAUGAUGUUUUCUUUCCAAACGUUUCAAGUGUUACUUCCGACCAGCGGGAUGUUCUUGUGCUAUAUGCACUAAAUCAAAACAACGAUGAAUUGGAAGAAUUGAUAAAAAACAACGCCUGCAUUCCAGCUUCACCUGAUGGAAAGGUGCUUAAGCGGCCGAGUCAGUUAGUGAAUCCCAACAAAGAAGCUUCCUCGUUGUUUUUCCCAGUCGAUGGUAGGUUUCCCUUUGGCGACAAGAGUACAUUUCGCAACCCACAAGUGCUUGCCAAACUAGAGGUACUUGGAAUGAACUCACACGAUCUUCCUUGGGAGGAUAUUGCAGAAAGAGCAGAGAGUGUCCAACGAGUUAAUUCAGUGGACAGUAAGGCGGCAGUUAAGCGUGCUAAGUUUUUGAUAGAAUUCGUUCAAAAGAAGUUGAAGUUGAAAGAUAAAGGCCCCUCGGAAGGCGUCAUUUCUCGCAUUGUCAAGGCUGAGUUUCUCCCAGUAUUAGAGAGACCGAAAUCAUUUCCCCUUCGCUGGAAAAGCGAAGAAUAUCAAACAUCUCGAAGGUUUCUGGCAGCCCCAAAGGACGUCUUUCUUCCUUCCACCAAAUACAUGGUUUGUUGUACAGAGUUAGUUGUCGACCUAGACAUCCCCAAGAAGGUAACAGAAUUGCUUAUGUUACAUCAAAAAAGAGUUACUACAGAGCACGUGAUGAAACAACUGAGCGAAGCCAUUUCCGCUAGAAUUGAAACACUAGAUCGUAAAAGAUUAGACGAAGUGAGCCGCGUUUGUGCCGAGGCUUAUUCUUUUCUACAAGAAAAUAUUACCAACUGUACGUCUGCCGUUGAGGAAUUCCUGUCUACGAAACCGUUCAUCUUAGUUGAAAGGCGCUUUCUCUUCGCAAAUGAGGUCGCUUUUGAGGUUAAAACCGAAUGUUCCCCUUACCUUCAUAGACUUCCAGAAAAUUUAUCCGAUUCUUACGCCAAGCUCCUGAGAUUCAGUGGUGUUAGAAAGCAAUUCGAAGCGAAGGAUUACAUUUCAAGUCUCCAAAAAAUAACCCAAAAGUUUGCAGAGACACAACUUGAUGAGCACACCUUGCAAGUGGCAGUCAAUAUGGCUAUCGGUCUUGGGGACACUGCGAAACAUUGUAAUGAAGAAUGGUAUUCCGAGGAGCAAAGCUCGAAUUAUAUUUAUCUUCCUGAUUCUGGCGGGAGAAUGCUUGCUGUAGCUGACCUUUGCUACAAGGAUUGUCCGUGGAUGCCUGAUGAUCCAGAGGAACAGUUCAUUCAUGAAAAAAUUCCCUGGUCGACCUGUGAACAACUGGGAGUUAAAACACGCCGAGAAGGGGCCUUGCAACAACACGAUAUUGGGUUUCCUUUUGGGCAAAAGGAAGAGCUCACAAAUCGAUUGAAACGGAUUUUGACGGGCUAUCCUGGUGAGAAAGAAAUUUUAAAAGAGCUUCUUCAAAAUGCAGAUGAUGCUCAAGCAACCGAAAUUUUCUUUAUCAAAGAUCCUAGACAUCAUCCUGAUAAAAGAGUGUUCCAAGACAGCUGGAAGCCUCUGCAAGGUCCUGCGCUUUGUGUAUAUAACAACAGACCAUUUACCAAUGCGGAUAUUGAGGGAAUUUGUAACCUUGGAAAGGGCAGCAAAGGAGAAGAUCCAAACAAGACUGGUCAGUAUGGAGUAGGAUUUAAUGCUGUGUACCACUUGACUGAUGUGCCGUCAUUCAGGUCGAAGGCUGAAGAAAUUGGAGAUGUUUUCUGCGUGUUUGACCCUCACUGCAAGUACGUUCCGUGUGCGAGUGAUGCAAAACCUGGAAGAAUGUACAAAGACAUCGAUAAGUUGAAGAAAAAGUUUCCAGAUGUUUUUCCCUGUUAUCUUGAAGAAUUGUUUCCCAUAAAGAAUGCAACCAUGUUUCGAUUUCCGCUGAAGUCCCAGGAAAUGGCUGAAGAAUCCAAAAUAUCAAAGAAACCUGUUUCCGUGCAGCAACUCGAUAAAAUGGUGAAAGAUCUGAAGAUGGAGUUGUUUGAUGUUCUUUUGUUCGUUAACAAUGUGAGGAAGAUUAGCAUUGCAGGGAUAGACAGAAGUGAAAAACUGGCAGAUAUCUACUCCGUUAAAGUUGUUAUGACUAAAGAAGAUGAGAGUAAAAGGCAGCGUUUCGCUGAUUACAUGAAGCAAGUUGGAAAGCAAGCCAAACACAAAGAUUUCCUCCCUACAAGUAUAAAGCCGAAAAAGUGCAUUUAUACCAUGACACUUCGUGACAGCGUUGGUGAGGAGGAGACUUGGUUGAUUGUUCAACAGGUCGGCUUUGAGAAGCCUGUCGAAAAGAGUAUCGUCGACGCCUUCAGAGACGAAAACCUUGGGAUGCUACCUCGGGGUGGUGUGGCUUGCCUUUUAAGAGCGGUUUUCUGUAAGGACCGACUAAGGGUAUGCAAGAUAGAAAAAUCCGAUUUUCCCAAACUUUGCCAGAAAGAAGGCCUUGAUGAACUGUUUCUGAAAAUAUAACUUUCGGGUCGUUUGGGGAUUUUACUUAUUUUUUAGUGAAUUUUUUAAAUUUUGGCCGUUAACGCCGGUUUUAAUCACGCCGAAAUAUGCACUUUUGCAGAAGCUGCCAUUAAUACUUUGAAACCUUUCAUAAAAAGAUUAUCCAAGCAAAUCAAACUAUCGUCUUUUCUCAGAUUAUCGGUGUCGUCAAAUGCAAAUAAAAUGUAAACGUGAAAAUUUGACGGAUUUUCUAAUUUUACACCUUUCAAUGGUGAUUACAACAACAGCAUUUUGGCUAAAUUCAAGGCCUAAAAAAGCGCUCUGGUACAUCGCUUUGACCAACAAAACUAUACUACGAGGAAACAUUAUCAUUUCAACUAAACAUCGAUGAAAAAAAAAAUUGGGGUAAAUGAAACGGCGAGUCCUGAGAGCGUUUUCAAAAUGGGUUACCUGGGCCAUUUUUGAGCGACCUUUUGAACUUGGAACGGUUCCAAAUCAGUGGAAAUAGAAAUCCAGAGCUCUUUAGCUCUGAUUUUCCCUUGCAUCAUGAAGCCUAUUUCCUCAUUUCUAGCAUAUUACCAAUUAAGGAUACUGGUCUUUUCAAUUUGUGGUACUGUAUUCCCUAAAAACGAGAAUUUGGAAAGUCAAAAUAUGAGUUUGCUCAGGCGUUUGCGGUUUGUUUACAGGUGAAUUAGAAAUUGAUUGUCUUUGUACUUACAACACAAAUAGGUGAUCAGCUACAAGGUUAGUCAAUUCACCAAUUGCUUAUAAAUACUUCCUACCUUACAGAUCUUUUCCUGGAUCGAAAGCACAGCACUCAUUAGAAAAGUACGCAGAGAUCAUUGAACUCGGGCGCUAACACAAUUUGCAUAAAAACAAUUGACCAUGAAACGCCACAGCAAACCCAGUCAAGUGUAUUCCGGAACCGCAAGUCUCAUUAUGUUUUUAGCAACACUGGGUGUUUUGUACUAUACUGACAAAAGGCAUGGGAAUAUUUCUAUAAUAGAUACUUAAGUGUUAGGAUAAUUCCUAAAUAAUCGUACUUACCCUGAAUAGUGCUGGGUAAGGUCCAUGGGACUCAAGGUAAAAAUGACGCGCAGUAAUAACGGACCCCAGGGGUGAUUUUUGAACUCUCUGUUCUAAACAGGGUAUAUCAUAAACAUGUAUUUUGCAAUUUGUUUCUCCUAAACAGGGUCAGGAUUUUAGAUCCUCAGCGGCUCACAUAUACCCUAGUAUUGGUCGAGUAACCCCACGGUUACGGACCCACAAACUAAAACAAAACUUGUAUGGAUCGAUUCCUUUCUUUCGUUGCCAGCAAAAUCCUGUAAGAAUUAAGGGAAAAUAUAACAUCGGGUAGAUGAGCGCAGAUUUAGGAAGCGCUCGUUAAAUUAACAAUGUUUCUCUCACAACUGCUCUUAGUCUUAUACGAUCAUAACGCUUCCCGUUAAUUCUACGUAUAAACAUCGUCAGUUUAAGUGAUUAUAAUACGAGUCAAGUUAUCGCUUUACUUAGAAGUAGUAAUUGUAAUAAUACAAUUAUUUUCGAAGAAAACUAUAGAUUUUAAAAUCCGACGACACGGUCCGCGGAGCGAUGGGGGAGGUGGGAUUGCGCAAAAUUAGGAAUGCGCAAAAGUAUAGCGUCACCAGUAGGUACAAGCUUAGAAAGACGUCAGCGUGUAAAUAAAAAAAACUGGAACUGAAGCUUUUCUAUACGUGAUGAAUCUGACGAGCUAAAAUAAACUAGGUGGGACACUUUUUUUCCAACCAUCGCGCAAAACGAGAUGCGGCCCCUCCUGACAACUGUUAUCCAAACUGUUAACAGUAAUUUGACUUUUAGGCGUUACAGCCGCACCCCUUUACAAGAUCCCCUUACGCGGCAAGGUACUAUGCCUUGCGCCUUGGGUUAAAUUCUUCCGUGCAGAUAUCAAAAUAUGAUAUGUUCUUCAGCAUUGCAAUGCUGAGUGUUUUCAUGUUACCUUUCUUGGUCAAUUCGCAAAGGUUUAGGUUGUCAUAAGCGAUGGGAUGUUCUAGCUGUACUUCCUCUAACACAGUCUGGCGGGUGUCGCAAAACUCUUGUUCAUCCUGAGAAGCUUGUAAAUCUGAGUCGCUAACCUCUACAGCGUGACGCAACUUGCACGAUAAUCUUGAAAAGAAAGACUGUAUCUGCUGCGAGGUAAGAAACUCAUCACUCGAGAAUAGCCUCGAACCAUCUGCUUUUUUUGCAAAACGCGUAUCUCUCGCCACUUUCUCAGGGUUUUGUUUGUGGCCUGUUUGCUGUCCAAGCUCAAAUUUUUCCUCCAGGUACUUUCUUUGUGAUUCGUUAAACCGUGACGACUUCUUUGCAGUUUUCAACGCCCAACCCUCAGGUAAACUGACACCGUGCUUCUUCUCCGUUUCCCUUCCUUCAAAUACUUUUGCAAUGCCAAUAUCGUCCUGAAGGAUAGCGUGGUACGUUAAUUUAGCCCUGUCCAGCAAAGUCUCUUUCUCCGGAAUCAACUUGCAUUUGCCAAACGACAUAUGCCUUUCGAGACUCGAGUAUCUCUCGUAUACCUUGAUGCAACCUUCAUUUGGGCAGGAGAACAAGACAGAAGCGUCUUUCGCUUCUUCUACUGUCAUCGUUUCAUUGGGUCUUGGCUUCUUUGAGGCUUCCUUGGAUGCUUUUACAAAGUCACCAGGGGAAAAUCAGCAAGUAAAUUUGCAGCUUUGCAAGACAUCAGCAACUAAAAAAGCGAACAUUGAAAUGGAAGUCUUUUUUAAUUUUAGAUGAAACGUUUUUCGCGUCUUUUAAAGGUUUGUUAAUUUAUCAUGUACACAACUGACUGAGUUGUCCAUAGUAGCCAUUAGUAUAGACUCUCUUACACUGUUAAUAUUGCCCGUUGUCCGUAAUUAUUAGCUGGCUAAGUCAGUGAGUAUUUGCAACACUCCAAUACAGUACAUUUACAUAUCACUAUGCCCGUAUUUUUUUUUUUACCUUGAACUUUCGUUUGGCUGAUCUCCCUUCCAUUUCCGACGUUGAAAGCUCUCCAAACUGUCAACUGGUCUUUGCAGUACUCAAAGUUGUUUAACGUGCUGAUACCAUCAAGUUUGACUUGAGGCAGUUCACAGGCAGAAACGGCAGCAUUAACAACAGUAACGCGAACCCCGGUGACACCGCCAUUAGACAGGAUAGCUGUUUGAAGCUGUUCAGCAUCUUGCAUGUCGUGGCCCUCAUUUACAUACCUGCGGACAUGGGCCUUGAUAGUGGCGGCUUUUCGGUCACAAGCCCCCUUGCCUCCUUGAGGGUCACUGAAAUCUACUCUGCAAACGUCUAUCGCAGUGUUUGCCUUCAUUAGGGUGCAUGAUGCUAUUACAGCAGAACUGUGAUAACAUCCCGCGUUAUCUUGCCGUAGAAAGGCACUGUUGAUUCUAGGAUUCUCCUCUUUCAGCGACCUUAAGGUGUCCUCAAUAAUUCGCACUACAACUGAGCUGUCUUGUGAUGUAUUCUCAACUAUGUGGACGAAGGACUGACUUUCUAAAAGCCCUCUCAUUUUUCUUGCGAUGACACUUAUAUGCCACGAUAUUCCUCGUUUCCCGUACCAAUCUGAUUGGUUUUCUCUAUAUUUGAGCCGUAAAAACUUCAUAGCCCAAUCUUGUGUUACGAGUACAGAGGUCUCAUCUAAAGCGCUUAAGCACGCCAUCCUUGCUGUAUCUUGCCUGACACACCUGAGUUGAUAUGCUCUCCAGGGGUGGAUUGCCUGGACUGCAUGACUAUGCGUGUACAAGACGUCUUCUAGUUCUUCAGGUACAAACGUUGACUCAGUCAAGAAUGUUUUAAUUGAAAAAAGAACAUUACUGAGACUUUCACACAAGUAAAUAAAGUAGUAAAUUUAGUGACCGUUUGAAGUUUCUGAGCUUUCAUCUAUUGUACCCGCAAUAUUUUUGCCAAGUUUGGUUAAAGCAAUUAGAAAAUAUGAAUCUUGGUAGAAUAAAGAACACACCUAGCAAGGCGAAGACGGUCGCCAGUAUAGAGAGCUGUGUUCUCUUGCCCAACAAUAGUAUAAUUAGUUUGGAAAAGAACCCACCUGAUUUAAAUAAGCCCUCACGACAAAGUUAACAGAUUUUGCCAUUUUGCCAGUCUCGUGGCAGUUCGUUAUAUAUUACGGUUUACUUUCAGUUAACCAUGUUUUAAACCGUAUCUGAUACCUUAUAAUCAGCCUUCAGAUAAUGCUUGCCUUCCCUCAGAGACACUUCCCAUUUUUUGGCAGUCUCUCUGUCCAGACCUCUCUCUUUAAGUUGGUCCACUAUUCCACACAAAGCUUCAAACCCUUUCGCGCGAUCCGAAGCAAUGUAGUCGAGCCCUUGCAAGGACUUCCUUACGGUCGCCCUGCAGGCAGACAGGACUCUUAACAUUGUUGUUGGGCUGAAUGGAGUGAAAUUCGUCUCCUCGCAAUAAGCCUGGUACUGCUUUACUAGCCUGUUAGGGAUCAUCGCCCUAAUGACAUUUGGGGUUUCUAAUAUCUUUCCAGAAGAUAGGCGGAGAUAUCGCUGCCCAAAAGGAAGAUCCUGGAUAACGUGCGGGCUAGUUAUGUAAGUCAAAAAGUGAUCCAACUGUUUAUUAUCUACUCUCAUCCUAGGACUUUUUGUUCGGGCUGGCAAGGCACCUCGCCCAUAUUGAAGAGAGUGCUGUCUCGCCAUUUUGAACCGGUAUUCGGUGAUCCCUGGGAUGUAGUUUAGGAUACGCUUAAACGUUAUUAGGUCUGCCAUGAUUGAUAAUAUCUGACGCCUUGUUUCCCAAGUAGAUGCGUUUUGGUAAGACUCCGCCAGUGCCUUUAGAUAUUUUCGGUCUUCUUGUCGUUCACCGAUGCCAAGUACCUUCUCGACUGAGCCAGAUUUUUUCACGGCUUCCCAGAGGUAGCCUGCGUCUCCUGGAACAAUAACGUUAAGGCCAGAAACAAUAACUGACUUCGCCUUUGACACAUGGCUUGCUCUAGUACGUUCGCUGGCUGCCUCCCAUCACUUUUUGUGUGACCCGACUGUGUGAGCAUUACAUGAACGUAAGAAAUCGUUCAACAGGAACGUCUUGUUGCUUGACUACUAAUUUGUGGAUCAUCGCCUUUAGAACUCUCGCUGCCGCUGCUCGCUUGAGAGUCCGUUUGAUACACGCUAGUGUCGAUCUCGGAGUAGUGUCCUGAUUCGUCAAGCUGUGGAUGAGAGUAUUCGUCUCUUAUGGUCAGGUGGUGCAUUGACUGGCUAACGUUGUCUUCAACUCCUUUAAUCUCCACAUCUUUUCUCUGUACGCGUUAGAAAGGAAAAUGAACUAGUUAGCGCAGAAAAAUUUAUAAACUCGAUGUCGCCGCUGUAGAGCAAAUGACUUUUUUAACCGCGUACAUAUCACCACUGCAAUGAUAUGUAAGUGUUCUCGCAUCAAUACAUGAUAUAAAGGAGUAGUAUGCAGGGAGGCUGGGGUCAUCAAAAGUGGAGGGGAGGAAAACUCACCUUUUGCUGAACCUCACUAAACUAUUAAAAGCCACUCGGACAAGGUUAUAAUCUGUUAUGUUCAUGCCAUAGCUAUACCAAAUAGCUCUAUCUACUUGUGGGAUAUUUUGUGAUAUCCGCUCUUCCGGUUUGUCUACGUUAGAUCCUAAAGCUUCUGUGGUCGAUUCUGAGCUGGGAAAUACUAAUAACUGUGAUGCUUCUUCCAACUUUCUCCUGCACUGCUUGCAGAUUUCUGAAAAAAAUAGUGGAUUGCAGAACAUUACUCAGAAAAUCUGUGUCAAACUCUUAUAGGUUCUGUUUUUGCUCAUGAUGCUCUUCGUUUUUGAAAUAUUGCAGCUAUGUGUUGAAACUGUUCGGUAACACGUUUCUUGAUUUAAAGAUUUUAGGGGCGGGGUAUAUCCGAUUAUGAAUUUAAAAUACAAAAAUGGCAGUGGAGGAAAUUGAAACUGCCAUUUUUUACGCUCUAAACCUGGCAAUGUUGUAAAAUAUCACUACAGGUUUAACACUCACGGGAGCCUACAGGAAGCAACACUUGGGUUUGCUGGUAGAGUAGCUUGGAAUGUAGAGAUGAUAUUCCUCUCCCCUGACACUAAAGUUCCAUGCGAUGACCAUUCACUGGGAGCAGUGCAUAUCCUCUUAUUUGAACGCCAUCUAAUGCCAAAUUCGUCUUGAUGUCUUGGGCAUAUUGUUAGUUCAAGGUGACUUUCGUUUAACUCAAAAAAUUCCUUCAAAGAUAAAAAGGUUUGUAAGGUGCCUUUUACUUAACAAUUUUUAGCGUAUAUAUCGCAGCGUCGUUCACAUUUUAUUCGCUUCUUCCACGUUUAUCGUUAAUUUAUGCACCAAAAGAUAAAUCAAAAGCUUUAUUUUUAAUUUUUCUUUGGACGUCCAGUCAUCCCAAAAGCAGUUUUUGUUCCUCACUUUUGUAAAGUUCCUGUGAAACAAACAAGGCUGUAAUGCUCGCGAUAAAUCUGAGAUGGUUUAUAAAUGUAGACAAUAUUAAUAAUUUUUUUAAAAAUAAACUUCUCAUCGCAUUGAAGUAUUAAUGAUCAGGAAUAAGUUUAAAUUUUGCGUGUUUACUGAGAAACACGGAGGCUUUAACUUUUGCAUUUUGGCUGAGUUCAGAUGUUCUGAUAUUGAUCUUAAUUUGAUUAAGUCGGCUACUGCACGGGUUAAUUAUCACUCAUAUCUUUGUCAGUAAAAUUCAUUCUUGAAUAACACGCCAUGUGUUUUAGGAAUAUGUCUAAAAAUAUUUUAGCGUUGUAAGUUGCAAUCAUGGCCCUUAAUUAACGGAGUAAAAAUUGUAUAUGAAAUGCAGUAAAAUGAGAAGUACACGAAUCAAUCAAAGAAGGUGCUGAGCGUCACUCUUCAUUAAGCCUUCCUUUCAAGUCAUUUUCCGCGUUACCCUUGUAACUAAACCUUGAACAUCGUCCAGUUUUAUUUAGUGUGUAAAUUAUGGACAAUAAUUGAAAUCUACAGGCUGCAGACGUACGAAAACUAGUGAUGCUUCGAUAAAUUUGCGGACACCUUUCAAAAUAUAAAAACAGUCUGAAUCAGACCACGAUGCAGCUAAAUUACAUUUAGUUUUAGUCUCACACCGAUUCUUCUCGAUGUAAAAAGAUUGGGAGGCGUUUAUUUUCCUUUCUUUAAAUUAUGCGUCUAUUCUUUCUUGUUUUUUUUUUUUAAAGAUGGCCUGUUUAAUACAGACAUCUACCUUACGUACCUGCACGUGCCAACAACAGCUUUAGUUCAGAGUCUAAACUAGCGUCUCGAAUGUUGCAAGAACGUAGAUGCCCUUGUAUGGCUUUUGUACACUUCGCGAGGAUCACGCUCUUCACAUUUUCUGGAUUGUCCACACUAGAACCACAUGUUCCUCCUGCAAUCUGCCCAUACUCACAUGAAGCCAUUUGCAAGUACACAAUGAUUGAAUGAAGUCAAUGAGUAAACUGCACUGUACAAAUUAACAGGUGCAAUUAAAGAAAGUAAGAAGUAAGCCAGUGCUGCGUGCCUCUUCGGAAUGCGGGCUCUUCUCAAUUAACGGAGAACAACUCGAUAAUCCAGGAAAAAAGAUUUUAUUUAUCAGUCCAAAGCAAAAAAACAUUGAACUACCAAAGAUGUACCGACCUCUCCGCGACCAUAUCCAAUCCUAGGUGUCCUGUGGCAUUCAAUACUUGGUCAUGUUGCACGUUCAGGUGAUAUAUGCGCUCGGCGAUUUUUGUCAGGAACUUCCAUGAAUGCGGUUCUUUCUAUCCAAGAAAGCAUCGCUGAGAUAAGACAUAGUAGUCAAGUACCUCGCACAUUGAUUUACCUCGCAUUUGUUGCCGCAUUUGUGUUGUAUCAAUAGACUGGUACUAGAGAGUCGGCAGUAGACAAAACUGACAUGUCUGAGCAAACUGUCUCUAAUUUCCAAUUUUACUAUUCCAAAUGAAUUGCAUGGCUCAAAAUUUAAAAGUCAAGUAUUUCUAAGUAAAAACAAACUGGUAAAGACAAAAAAACGUCAUCACGCAAACAAAAGUCAGAGCUCAUGGCGUUUAUUUCCAUGAAUAUUAAAGGUCAAAGGUCACUCAUAAUUGUUAAAAUGACCUGUUUUGAAAUCGCUCUCAGAACUCGCCGUUUCAUUUACCUCAAUUUUUUUUUUCAUUAAUGUUUAGUUGAAAUGAUAAUGUUUCCUCGUAGUAUAGUUUUGUUGGUCAAAGCGAUGUACCAGAGUGCUUUUCUAGGCCUUGAAUUUAGCCAAAAUACUGUUGUUGUAAUCACCAUUGAAAGGUGUAAAAUUAGAAAAUCUGUCAAAUUUUCACGUUUACAUUUUAUUUGCAUUUGACGACACCGAUAAUCUGACGAAAGAAGAUAGUUUGAUUUGCUUGGUUAAUCUUUUUAAGAAAGGUUUCAAGGUAUUAAUGGGAACUUCUGCAAAAGUGCAUAUUUCGGCGUGAUUAAAGCCGGCGUUAACGGCCAAAAUUUAAAAAAUUUACUACAAAAUAAGUAAAACCCCAAACGACCCGAAAGUUAUAUUUUUAGAAACAGUUCACCAAGGCCUUCUUUCUGGCAAAGUUUGGGAAAAUCGGAUUUUUCUAUCUUGCAUACCCUUAGUCGGUCCUUACAGAAAACCGCUCUUAAGCAGCAGCAGGUCAGUUGAGCAACAAGACGGUAAAGUAGGUAAAGCGUACUGCUUCCUUCCUCUGCCCUUCAAAACCGAUUUACCCGUUUAUAUCAAUGGUCACUUUGCGUUAGACCACGAGGCCAGAAGAAAUUUGUGGCGGGAUGAGGCUGGUGGUUAUCGAAGUGACUGGAAUAAAGCCCUGCUACGUGAUGUUAUCACCUCCUGCUACCUCACCCUCCUGGACAAGGUGCGUGGAUACAUUCAGCUGCCAGUUGGGCAGGGUAUUGCAGGUCAGAAUUCCACCUUGAGCAAAAAUGAAAUCAUGAAGGUGUUAUCUUUUUAUGAAGGACUGUUUCCUAGGUAUCCUUUUGAAGAUUCACAUUGGAAGAUAUUAGCUGAUUCCAUAUACCAGGAAAUGAGCCAGAAGGAAAUGCACCUUAUUCCAGUAGUGAGAUGCCCGAAGACUAUUCCGGGUCUGCAUGCCAAGAAUUUCAAAGGAUCUGCCAGGGUCCAGGUCACAUGGUUUCCACCGCAAGGCACUGGCAAGAAGCAAACAUACUUCAACAAUCUCGAGAUAAAGGGCUAUUUUUCUUAUGUGCCACCAAAGCCAGAUGUUGCUGAGGAGGAGAGAAUAAAGAGGGAAGAAAUGCGCAGUAAACAAAAGCACAGAUUCGAAGAAAUGUUGCUGGAAACUGGUUUUAACUUGGUAGCAUUAUCAGUUGACGUCUUUGAUUCAUUGAAAGAGGCAGGAGUAGAGGUGUUCUGCGUUUCGCCUUUGGCUGUGAUGGACUUUUACAAGUCCUUUAAAGAUAGUAACCCGUUGUGCAGUAUUGGUGAUGUUCCAUGUCCCGUCGACAAGAGUCCAUUCAAAGACGUAAGAGAAGUUAUUCGCACUCUGAAGUACUGCAAAGACGAUGGCGAAUUUCUGGAGAAUCUCGAGGGUCUUCCAUUGCUCCUUACACAAGAUAACUAUUUGCGUGUCUUUAGUAAGAGCGACCCUCGAUGUCUGAGUCAUUACUGGGAUAUUUUACCACAAUCGCCUGCCCUGUUUGUGAACAAAGAGGCUCUCAGCGGCGUUUUUAACAUAGCUGAUAUAAAAAAGACAUCCGUUUUCCGAGCUUUGGAUAUAGAACUCUUCUCCUCUCAAUUGCACGUAACUCUUCCUGAAUGUUUUUGUAGCGAGGAUCGCUACAUGAGGUGGUUUCCUGAAGGUGAGCCACAGUCCACGGCUUUACCGAACCGUCGUUGGAUUUUCAGGGUUUGGCAUUUCUUUGAGAAGUUUGUCAGCGAAAAACUGAAAGAUCUAAGCCCGGAAGAAAUGAAAGAUUUGACCGAGGAAAAGAAAAUUUCCUUUGUUCGUGGCCUACUCGUCCCGGCAUUGGCUACAUGGUGCAUUCUUCCAGCAACAGGAGUGAGGCGGUGCAACAGAAGAGAGAUACCAAGCCCUUUGAAUACUGUGGGCGACCAGAACACAGUUACAGAUCAUUUUUUGGUACCUUUGAGUAUGGCAGAAUCGGUUCUCGACUUUGUUGAUUGUGGUCAAUCAAGCAAGAAGUUGGUCGAGGCCUUAAGAUGUUUGGGAUUGCCAGAGCUCAGCUGGAGCAUACUGUCAACAGCAUUGAUAAAUUCAACCUGCUACACCAAACUUGAAUCGUACAAUCUUGCACGUAAUCUUGUAGCGACAAUGAAGACACCCCAUUCCCUUCUAAAGGCGCUCAAUCAGAGGCUGAAGACUAAUCCUUCCUCUCUUGAUGGUAAACUAAAGUGUGAGGAAGCUAUUGAAGUUUUGGAGUACUUUGCACGAAACACCCAGGCUCUGGUAUACGAUGACAGAGCAAUUCUUAAGAAUCUUCCGUUCUUUCUAAAGGCGAGCGGACAGCUUGGAAAAGUUCAAGAUAGGGAUGUCUUUGUUCUCCCUAGUGAGAUCCCAAAAACCGAAAUGGUUGUUGUUGAAGGCAAACUUCAUUGUUUUUUUGUAGAAUCGUGCCAAAGUCUGUUAAAAUUAUAUGAUUUCCUGGAAUUUCAGCAAGUAACACCAUCAUAUGUUUACCUAAAUUUCAUUUUAAAAUGCUUUCAAUAUCUUAGUUUCAAAGGGAAGCUGGAUCACCUUCUCUUUCUUCGAGCCUUUUUGUCCCCGUUAAGUGCAAUAGAAAACGAAAGCGAGGACCUCGAGAAGAAACAACUUGUGGACUCUUUGAAGAGAACUGAAAUCAUCCAAGCUCGGGAUGGCUCUUGGAAGACAGCAUCCAAUUUCUACGAUCCCCGCAAUGAAGUAUUUUUUGCAAUGCUAUCAAAAGACAGUUUUCCACCGAAGCCGUUUAACUCGGACCAAUGGCUGUCCUUUUUCGAGAAGGUGGGCCUUAUAAAAGAUGUUUCAGGAGAGGAUUUUGUAAACUUUGCUAACCAAGUGGCACGUGAAGCCCAAUCAGAAAGAACAAAGGAAACUUUCCAAAAAUCUCUUGUUCUGGUGCAACACCUCUUCUCUCGACCCAAUGUGGUAGGCGAAGGUCUUUUACACCGUGUAUGUGAUAUUCCAUUCGUGGUAGCAGAUCCUGUUGAACAAUCACUGGAAGAAUUGUGCACACCGUUUUGGGUGAGACAAGGAGGGGAAAUUCCUUUUAUUGCAUUUAAAGAUGCAGUCUUUAACGAAUAUGAAAAAAUCGUUUGGACGAAGGCACAUUUGCUUCCAGAGUCAGCAGACCCAAGAAGUCAUCGCUACGAGCUGUCAGUCGGUUGCAAUCAUCGAAACGUUGACCAGUACCUUAAGGCAUUUCUCACACAGCUUUGUAUUCGGACGAAGCCAUCUGUUGGUCUUGUUAUUAGUCACUGCCAAACCGUCAGUGCAAGGAGAAAUAUCACGGCUGACCAGUGCCCUGUAGUAACAAGGGUCAUGGAAAGUAUUUAUGCAUUUCUGCAGGAAAACGCGAUCAAAGACCAUGAAGCCAAGGUGCUGCUCCAAACCACACGGUUUAUCCUCGUUGAGGGAGGGAAAACGUUCAUUCUUCCCAAGCAAGCGGUCAUCGAACUCUACCAGAGUCUUGAGAUUAAGCCGUUUCUGUACAGAAUUCCACCAGUAUUUGGAAAGUUCCAGGCUUUGUUUGAGUUUGUCGGCUGCUCACAGACUGUAACCUGUAGACAUUACGCCAUGGUGCUAGAAAUGAUGCAUCGAAACUGUAUGGAUUCCAAACUGAACCCCAACGAGGUUAGCACGUGUGCAAAGGCCGUCAAAGGAUUCUUCAACCAUUUGCAAGAUGACUCAGGCGCCGUAUCGACUCUCUCUAAAUUGUACCUCCCAGCAAUGCCGUCCAAAUUUUGCCUUUCAAAUGUCCAUCUACAGGUCAGCACCAUCCCUGUUACUUUGCGUCAGUCAACGGAGCUUUUGUUUGAUGAUGACCCAUCCUAUGGCAGUCGAAUAAAGGGUCUUAACCAGCUAUUUGUGCUUGAACUCAGUCUAAUGGGCGUGAGCCGUAAAUCAGCCAUGGUAAAUUUUUCAGAUCUAGUGCUAAAGUUACCCUCUGCCGUACAGCCUAGAAUGCUUUCAGCUGUGGUGAAAGAAAAAAUUGAAGAUCCUAAACAAACAAAAAUAGUCAAAAGCGGAGCAGUGAACACACUGAAACAGCAGAUUUCUUGUACCCCUUUUGUUCGGGGCGUUGCAAGAAUUAUACGACACGUCAACUACCAGAAUAAAGAUUUUGACGAAAGAGUCAUUGAAGGCAUUCAGAAAGGUCUCCGGAGCAUCCAGUUGUUUGCUGUUGAAGGUCUCAGGACCUCCCUCUUUCUCAAUGAAGUUCAGAUUCCAGAAAGUGAAGCUGAUGUUCCAUACUUUGUUGAAAGGUGGGAGCAAUCUGGAGUGGAGAUAUGCAGAGUUUACAUUGAUACGUUGUCUGGAAUGAAUGAAGCCAUUUCAAUCAUAUCGGACGUAAUUGGGGAAAUGUAUGGAGAGUUUCUUCAAAGGAGGGCGUAUCUAAUUGGUGAGAUGCUUCGUUGCCCGCCUUCGAGUAUAUGGCCACUGUUAGAUAGAAUGAGAGUUCGUAAAGAUGACAGUUACACCACGGCAGACUUAGAUAUCUAUCCAGAGCCGGGUACAUUGAUUCCAACUGAAGACCACCAUCUGCUAAAUGACGCUUUUGAAGAAUUUGAACCUGGAGAGUACGUUGGUUAUCAGCUACACGACCCAAGUCUAGUCCAGAGGGAAGGCAUGCCAAUAUUCAUUUACGCCAUAAUAGUCGAGGAGAUUAACAUUGAAGAUACUGUUAUCUUGACAAAGGCAUACCGAAUCAACAUUGGACACGACAAAGAAACAGUUGAGGUCAGUGCUGCUAAGCUGUAUAAAUUUCACCGUUUGCAAGACAUAUUUGAGGAACAGGACGAAGAUAUGGAAGAAGUGCUUAAAGAGAUCUCAGAUACCCUCCAGAACGCCUGGGAAAUGCCAGAGGACGAGAGAACCCAAAUUGUCAAGCGGCUAUUCAUGCGUUGGUUUCCAAGAGAGAAUACCACCAGCAGACACUUGUUCCUUGUGGCUUUCCAACAUUUAAAGAAUGAAGUUUCUCGGCUCGGUGGCUGUUACGAUGACUGGUAUGCUUCAUGGGAAGAGCGUGCAAAACAACAUGGCUCACAGCGGGAAACUUAUAAAGGACGCUUUCGCAGUCAUUAUGGGUCAUGGUCGUCUUCAUCGGGCAAUAGUUCGUGGCAAAAUGUUCCCCCAAGUUUCUGCGAAAAAAAUCCCCAACCUGAAGAGGCCAAGCGUUGGUUGAGACAAGCUGAAGCUGACCUUGAGUCUUGCGGUAGAGAGAGAGCCUUUACCACUGACUCAUUUGAGUGGAUUUGCUUUAAAUGCCACCAGGUAAUUAGUAAAAAUGCAUUUCUUUAUCUUUUCAAUUUGUUUUUGCUGUUUUUGCUUUCAUAAAAGCUGCAUACUUAUUCAUGGGAAUUACAGAUAAGCGUAAUUAAGAGACAAUAAAUUUAGUGGGAGUGGACAUGCUACUGAUCUUCAUUUGCUGAACCGGAUUAAAUUAGUGUUCUGUAGCGAGGUAUAUAUUGUUUAACGCUUGGUUGGUAUGUGUCGUAAGUUGAUUUAUUUCCGUCCCUGAAUUUCACUUUGUUAGAGCUGCUAGAAGAAGACUUGUUUAGGGUGGAAGGAAUCUAUCUAUGAUUUGUUUUACGCUUUGUUUCCUCUAUUGUAGCUUGCCGUUAAAAAUGAAAUCGUCAAAUCUGUUUUGUGUUAGUCCAAACUUGAAUUAUAGAAUUAUACAGAUUGGCCGUUUUAGGUCCGUACUUACUUCACAGAGCUCAACAAUGGUGAACUGUUCUAUUCUUUCCAGGCAGCCGAAAAGGCCCUGAAGGCUGUGCAAUAUAACGUGGAUGCUAAUCAGAAGACAAAUGACCACAAUUUGGUACGGAAUUGUUGUGGUUUUGAUGACGCUGUGUUAGGUUGUUUAGCAGCCCAGCUUGAACGUCUUGUGAUUAAUUCAGCCCACAUGCGUUAUCCUGACACUAUGUCCUACCCCAAGAUACCCCAUGACGUAUACUCAGCGGCGCAGGCAGAAGAAGCCUUUAAAACAGCGACAAAGAUUCUGGAGAGGGUUCGAGUGAAACUGAAUGAAGGUGCGUCUUAA